CUGUCAUUUUCGACUCCGUAGUACAAAAUUUCUUUUUAUAAUGGAAAUCCGACAAAAUCCACUAAUUCAAUGCAAUUUCAUACGGAAUUUAUGCAAAAGAAUUGCAGAAAUACAUAGUGAAGUUAUUCAGCAUGAAAGUACCAUGCCAAAGUGUGAAAUAUGCUCGGAAAAUAUUACAGAAUAUUUUUCCAUAAAAAAUCAACUAUUCUUGAUCCUGAGAAUCAAUAUUCAGAUAAAAGAUGAAGGGAAUUCCGUUGAGAUUCACAAUGAAAAUAAAGUAGGAUCCCAAGGAAAUGAUAGUGGAAAUAGGCCACAAAGUGAUAGUAUCAAGGAAGAGGCUGAAGAGUCAAUUGAAGAUACAUCCAAUUUUUCUACUAAUUUUGUUGCUGUGGCAGAUUAUCUUGAUUGUGGUAUUGGAUCAUCGAAAAUAAAGGAAGAUGACACGAAAAGUAGCAAGCAAUCAAAAGAAAUGGAUGUAAAUGCUGAUAAAUUAUAUGAAUGUGCAUUAUGUAAAAUCAAAGUAUCUAAAAAGUGUCAUCUUGUACUGCACAUGAAGAAACAUCUGAGAAAAGCGGAAAAGAAAAGGAAUUAUAGGGGUGCAAGGAAAAACAUUGCCGAAGGAAUAUCAAAAUCUGAAGAGGAUGGUAAAAAAAAGUGCCCUUUUUGUAGCAGAAUUUACAAAAGGAGACACGAUUGCAGCAAUAAUGAGCCUAAAGUUGGGAACACCUACUCCUGUGCCUACUGUCCGGAAACUUUUUCAACCUAUCCCAAAAUCUACUUUCACCAUAAAGCGCAUCAUUCUGAUAAACCGAAACCCUUGUCACCUUUUCAAUGCGAAGUUUGUGGAAAAUUUACUGUACAAUUGUCUGCUUUACGACAUCACAUGAAGACCCACACGGGUUUUACACCUUUCGAAUGCAGUACUUGCCAGAAGAGAUUUAGGACACGCCAUCAAUUAACUGAGCACCUGAGGAAGCAUAUUCCAAAGUCUGAGAGAGACGACAAGUACAAGUGCUAUGUAUGUCAGAAAAAAUUCACCUUCAGACAAUCCCUGAAAAAGCACGAGCGUCUCCAGCAUUCCGGAACCAUCAGAAAAUCCUUUAUAUGUACAAUUUGCGGAUGGAAAUUCAUUUGUGAUACAUCCCUACAGAAGCACCUAACAAUUCACGAUGGUGAAACUAUUCCAUCCUACAAGUGUGAUGAUUGUGGGAGGGUUUUUGAGAAACUAAAGUACUUAAAUCAACACCGCAAAAUUCAACACAAUGUAUUCACUGAUUUGAUGCUCAAUCGCAAAUUAAAGAAAAAGGAAUAAAAGUCUUUGGAAAAGUGUAAAUAA